UAACUUAACGAACAUUUAACAAAAGAAUGAAUGUAAAUGUGUCGAGUUAAAAUUAAUAAUUAAUUAUGUAUUAAACACAGACUGAGUUCAAACAUUUAAAAGACGAAAACUUAAGACUUAUUAUUUACACAUCAAUUAACGUAGUUUUUGUCCGCGAACGUAUCAUAAUGAGAGAUACAUUCUCGUCCGACUCAGUUAUUGAUUCGCCGACUCGCGAAAGUGUGAAAAUCAUCGAUGGUUGUUACAACAGUAAUAUUUUCAAAGCCAAGCCGUUUUUGAGCUCACGUCGUGCGCUCCAGUCCAGCGCUGAGAAAAUAUCAAAAACGUUUAAAAGCGUUCGCAACACUUUCGGCAAUUUAUCGCAGCAUUUCAGAGUGAGCGGUAGGCGCAGACACCGGCUGGCGGAGGCUGGAUCUCCGUGUAAAGGUCCUUCAACGCCAGUUACUAAGAAAAAGGGGUUGCUGGGCCGGAGUCCCGCCAAGCUGUACAGCCCAUUCGGCAUUGAGACUCCGCACAGCCGGGACUUCCGCAUGUCUCCCUACAUGCCUGACACCCCCGAUGGGCUUUCGCCAAAGAGACGUGCAGGCGUCAGUCAGUCGUGGCAUCUGUUGGCAAAGAAGAGGCCGCGGGCGCUGUUCCGCUGAGUUGUGACUGUGGUCGCGGUGGGGCAGCCCGCCUCUGCCCCGCGGCCGGUGGCAGCCCUCCUCCCACCACUUAGUGUAAGGUCAGCUUGGUGCGCAGGUAUCGUGCCGCUAUAUGUAAGUGGUGCUACCCGCAGCGGGACACUAACAUUGUUUAUGCACUUUUUAUAUGAUGACUGCUAGCCUACUUUUUGUAUGACUUUAUGUAAUUAUACGUCUAGUAUUUUGGAUGCGAUCGCCUUUUAAUGUUUAUCAAUAAGUGUGAAAGGAAUUUUGUAUUCACUAGAGAAAAGUAGAAGGAAUUUGAGAAUGUUAAUGGAGGCGGGAAUAUGUACUUAAUUGUUUUGAAUGGAAUUGUCUAAGUAAUAAUAUAAACAAGUAGCGAGGCGUAGGGAGGGUGUUAAUCAAUUUCUGGUUGUUAUACAUAACUCUGCUUCACUUUAUCUGCUGUCAGAAUCCGCUCAACACUUGCUAUCUCAUAGAUUGUAUCAGCCUUAGAAACUCCUAGCUCUCUGCUCUCUACACUCUACUUUCUGUCACAUCUUGUUAUAUCCUCUCAACUCUUGUUAUUUCGUUUCAUUAAGCAGUUUUCAAGGCAGCUUUUUAUUUAGUAUUGCACUUAACGGGGAACAUUUAUAUUAAAAAAGCAAUAAAGUAACAAAUAAGACAGUAACCAAGUGAACCACGCCCCCCCCCCCCGUCUCUGGUCUCCAAUCUCUCGCAUAUUCAGUAUUAUAAAAGCCAAAAUUAUACUCGCUUACAUUUAAACGUAGUUUUUACAUUAAGCUUCUCUGUGACAAUAUUUAUAUCUGACUAUUUAUUAUUUAUAUGGUAGCUUAAGUCUGCUCAUUUUUGUAUAAUAUUUAAGGCUAUUUAGUGUAAAGAUUAAGUUUAUUUUACUUUUUAAUUUAUGUCCAAAGCCUGAAUAUACACAAAUGUGGUAAAGCACUUAGUGGGCUGCGGUCCUUCUCUCAGAGGGACUGCCUGCAGCCUGCAGCCUGCAGCCACUGCACUCCACCACCGACACUGCCUAUAUUUGACAUUCAAUUUAUUUAUGAAAUUAUUUGAAUACAAUAAGCGCUAAGGGGCUAUUACUUAUUAAUGUGUUUGUAUAAUGUGCAUUGUUUUAAAUUCAUAAUUAUGAAGUUCAAAUCAAUAA